GCGUGACCAGCCACUCGAGUGCCAGUGCACCAGCCCUCUGGUGGUCGAGUUGCCCGGGCGCCCCAAUAUAUACGGAGUUGGAUGCGGCAACUGGCAGCAAAUAAUGAUAACUAGCCACAGAUCUCUGGGGGUGGCUCAGGCCGCAUUAUGGCCAGGCUACUGUAUCUUGCUUUAUUGCAGACGGUCCCUCCGCCUCCAACAAUAAUGAUGGAGAUCCCAUGACUAGAUACGGAGCGAUAUGACAUCUCGAAGGAAUGAUAAAACGAUAAGACAUCAUCCAACCCAUCUUACAAUGUGCUCACAAGAAUUGAAGAGUCAUACAGUAGAAGCCCAUAACCAUGGCAGCAGUCUGCGUUGAAGGUUCACGGUCAGAUACUCAAGUGCUACUAGAACAGCGGCAGAACUCAAAGGGGCAGUUCUCAUUCAGGCACGUCACCGCACUUCCGUGUCGGCCACGGUAUUUCGUGCCUCACUGUCAUUGUAUGUUACGUUGGAACGAUGCACACAGUUGAUGUAGAAUGCGACAGUCAUUCUAUGAUCACGCCCUUACGAUAGUUGCAGCAACAUUGCUGGACUUGUGCAUUCCCUUCUCCUCUGCCUCUCGCUGCUCGAUCGAUCCUUGAUGCCGUAUCUCACUCCUUGCACUCAAUGUGCUCGAUUUGUCCGCCGCCGUUAGAACAGCAUCUGCUUAUCCGUGCUAACAACCCCUACGAAGCAUCGCGACGCCCAAGUAUGGCAUGACCCUACCGCCGCAUUAUAGUGUCUCUCGUCUGCUAUGUCUCUUUUGUUAAGCCUCACUUCAAGGCCGGGUGUCGUGACACAAGAGGGGGUCUAGACGACAUGGGCCUCACCGCGAAUACUCGCCUGCGUGCUGUGUCAACCGCAGAUGUGCUCCGGCCACAAGAUCACGAUAUCGCGUCGAUCGUCCAAGGGCUCGACGCCCUCGAUAGCAGUUCAUAUACUGCACUACAGAACAACCUCGACCAAUCGACCCUUUUACAGCAGCUGCGGCAUAUUCUAAAAGAUGACAAUGAAGUCCAUGCAGCCAACAGCGGCUUCAGACGAGCAGGCGGCUUCCAGGCAUUACUCCGUCUACUUCAUUCCUUGGUGGACCGCUUAUCUGCCCAGGAAAACCGGUCUUCCCAUGUAAGAUCCUUUCUCCAGGCAUUGGCCCAGUUGCUCGCUGUUCUUGGUGCAGCCCUGGAGACACACGAUGGGAAUCAAAAAUACUUCAGGACAAAGGUAGAUGAUGGUGGUUGGGAGUCCCUACAGAAGAUUCUUGAACGGUUUCUGCCUAUUCUUUGGCAGGACGCUGGGAAUGGAUUGUCUGUUGAGCAGUUCUUUGGUCUCCUCUUUGCAACUGCGGUUGGCACGGAGAUGGUUGACGAUAUCUACACUUCGAUCGCAAGAUCUAUGAAAUCAACGGAUGAUGGUCUUUUAUCAGACGCCUUUGUCGACUCCGUACGUGCUGCGGUCUCGAAAGCCGCCUCCAAAGUCGAUCGUCUGGCGGUACCGGAAUUGUUGACCACGAUACUUCGUCUCUGGAGUGCAAGUAUCAACGCCGAAGAUGUCCCGCAACGUACGAUCAGAGUCGCCCUUCCUCUCAGCAUCACAGGGAUCCUCGCGGAAUCACGGCACAAUGUUGUCUCUGCCCAUACUGCUGGAGCGUUCACAGCGAUUCUGAGCCUAAUCUUCAAUGACCGUCUCUCCACGGUCGAGAGAGCCUUAUUCAAAAAAGCAGCCUCUAUCCUGUGUCAGGAGGGCAUUUCCAGCCUAAACGACGCUCAUUUUCUCUUCAAUCGAGCGACGGCAACAGCCGAUGCUGCAUCAUUUCUACUUGACUCGAUUAAGUCAUCACGGCAACCACCAUGUAUUCAAUUUGACUUGUCACAACAAGGAUUUGCUUCCACCGAACUAGCCACUCUAGGCAGACCAUUCCCUCCCAUGGACAGUGCUGGUUACACAUUGAGUCUCUGGGCUCGCUUCGACGCGUUCGAUAGUCAGGUACACACUACCCUGUUUGGCGCUUUUGACAAAACCCAGACUUGUUUCAUGCUGGCAUAUCUCGAGAAGGAUACGCAUCACCUGAUCCUCCAGACUGCAAUACAGGGAACUAGGCCAAGUGUAAGAUUUAAGUCUGUGGCUUUUCAGCCGGAGCGGUGGUAUCACAUAGCUGUGGUGCACAAGAGACCCAGGACCACCUCAUCUUCCAAGGCAUUUCUUUUCGUGAACGGGGAUUUUGUCGAACAGCAAAAGGCGAAUUAUCCAUCUGUCCCUCCGACUGAGCGAGGAUCAAGUACACCCAAGAUUCAAGCAUUCUUCGGAACGCCUCAAGACCUGUCGCCGGAUCCGACAGGGACAACAUGCCUGUCAAGGUGGUCUUUAGGUCCGGCAGUUCUCUUCCAGGAUACCCUGAGUGACGACCUGAUUGCCGUUUUCCACCACCUGGGCCCAAAAUAUCACGGCAAUUUUCAGGACUGCCUCGGUUCUUUUCAGACAUACCAGGCAUCUGCUGCGCUGAAUCUGCGCAAUGAGAUGCUCCAUCCAGGAAGGGAGGAGCAAUCGGAGCUUCUCCUGGCGAUCAGGCAGAAGGCAAGUAACCUGAUCCGGGAAGACAAGAUUCUACUCAGCGUCUCACCUGCCGCUGUCUUGGACAAUGACGACCGCAACAACAUUGAUGAAACCCAACUUGUCAAGUCUCUUUCCAAGUUGGCGGCCAAGAAUCUGGCCGCCUACACGCGAUCGGGGACCAACGCCGUUGCCAUCAACGGUGCGGUCCCAUCGAUCAACGACGCGCUUACUCAAGCUCGCGGUGUGCUCAUGCUUAUGGGUAACCCUACCGUGACAGUCCCACAGUCAUUGGAUGACGCCAGCUGGCGCCUAGGCGGUUGCUGCGCCGUUGGGCUGGGGUUGGUCCAGCGGGCUCGUAGCACCGAUGAAGUUGCCCUGGCUGUCGAUAUCUUGUUGGAAACAGUAAGGUACAGCUGGAGAAACAGCGAAGUGAUGGAGAGAGAAGGAGGUUACGCCAUCCUGGCAAUGCUCCUGAAAGACAAGCUUGCGUCCUCCGUCCAAAGCAACGGAGAAGCAAAGGCUGGAGCUGCAAUACCCACCCCUAGACUGGAUAGGAACGGCUUGAGCCUUCGGGUACUCGAGUCAGUCUUGUCUUUCGCCGGGUAUGACUUCGAGGACCCGACCAAGUCCGUGAUAAACAAUCCCUUAGCUUACAAGAUCGUGGUAGCUGACACCAGCAUCUGGAGGGGCGGCCCUCCUUCUGUUCAGGAGCUAUACUUCCAUCAAUUCGUGGUCUUUGCGGAAGAAAGUCAAUACAAACGGUUCAACAUCAAACGGUUGGCCAGGAUGAGGGUAAUGAAGCGACUUCUAGAAGCACUCAAGUCGGAACCUGUUGCAAAAGCUAUUAUGCCGAUGUACAUGGCGGCGUUCAAAGCUCUGUUACCUCAGUCUCUCUCUGCCGAAACGCUUCGAUCCUUGGCACUGUUUGUGACAUUCUCUGUAAACAGACGCCACACUGGGUUGCCGCUCCGAAGAUCAACGCGCAAAGAACCGCGACGAAGAAGCUCAUCAAGCGGCUCCUCAAAGGCCGCCAGAGACGACUCGAGCUCCAACCUGUCGCAUUUUGAGAUCGGAGUGGAGGUUCUCAGGCUUUAUUCUGAGCUAUUAUGCCGUCCCGGUGAUGAUGCUAUGAUCAGGAAAUUUGCUAAGACCGUCACCAACAAAUGGCUCCUCUACCUAUUGUCGGAGACUUCCCCGGAAGUGGUGGUUUUGUCGAUGAGAAUAUUGGCAAGGCUGCUUGUUGUACAUGGCGAUGCAUACGUGAAGAAAUUCAAGGACAACUCGAAGACCUCUGGUUUCACUAUCAUGGCAUUCCGCCUCAAGAGAUGGUGGCACCUUCCAGCCUUGUGGCCUGCCUGUUUUGCGAUAUUGUUUGGCCUCGACGUUGGGAAUCUCGAUCUUGACAGAAAUUUUGACCUGUUUGGAUUCGUCGACCUCUUCUCGAACAAGAAAGAACUCUCCGUUGUAUAUCCCGAAAUCUUUGAGGUUAUCAUGAGCAUGCUGCAAAGCGGUCUCAAGACAAUCGUGUCAUCGAAGCGACAUCAAACAGCAUCCACUCUGGCACCUCCGAUGGAAGAUCUCAAUCAGCCACCCGAAAGACUAUCAAUGUCUACUAUGGCGCCACCAAAUCCUCUCCUCACAAUCGUAACGAGCCAGCAUGUGGACACAUUCAACACUGUCGUCCAAUUUCUCGCAGAUCUUCACGCGAGAUCCCAGAAGUUUAGAGAUUAUGCUGCAACUUCCUCUUAUACUCAAGACCUGCUCGCUGUCCUGUUUCCAGUGGUAGUGGGCUCAGACGUCGUUGAGGCUCGCACCGAAUUGGACGCUCGUGACGCCAUGCUUACCUUUGAUGGAGGAGAUGUCGUUUUACAUCCACUCUCAACCGCCCCACCUAUCAUUCGCAUGACUGAGACUGAACCGCCGUCUGCUGUAACCCGCGGCAAGACGCUGAGAAGGGGAUCGUCCUUUGUGCUAGUGACGAGGGAACACACUCAACACAGUAGCGGCGGUAGCCAAGCCACUGAUGCUGCUGGGUCCAGCUCUGCCGUAGGUCAGCCACCUGUGCUCAACGAAGGUCAUUCCAUCGUCCAAAGCCUGCUUGAGAUUGUCAUUGCAGUGUUCAUCGACCAGAUACUCGCAAGAAAAGACUUCCCAGGAUUAGGUCUCUUUUUGAAAACUCCACCAGGCUUCAUUGAGCAUCAAUCUUAUUUUGAGACAUGGAUUUUGAGAAACAUGGUAUCGCAGCUGUCCAAUCAGGUAGCUUUGGAGCCAAAGGUAUUGGUUGAACCAAGGGUUUUAAUCAAUCUGGCCCGUUUAUUUAGCCACUUCGAAGAGGCUCUUUUUGAAGGAUGGUUCAUUGGUGGUGCAGAUGCUGUGCUUGACUUGUCAGGAUCAGUCUUGGAGUACCUUCAACGCUCUGACGUUGCUAAGUUGAAGAGUGUGAGGCUCUGCGCACAGACAAUUGCCGUUAUUCGUGCAAUCGUUUUUCGCAUAGUGCUGCUGGGCCUUUCCUCCGUUCAAGAAGCAGACUCGUUGCCGUUCCUUGAAAAGUUGACCUAUUGGCAGACAGUCCUGCUUUCCGCUGAAGACAACCAGUCAACAUACCUACAGCUUGUUUGCUAUCUGCUCUACGCCAACCUCGUCUCAUGUACCAGUGCUGUCCGCGAAGCUGCUGCCAAUCUUUGGAGGAUUAUAUUAGUGCAACGGCCAGAUGAGGCGGCUGCAAUUCUUGGACAGGUUGAUACUACGGAGCAAAAAGGUCUGGUUGCCAGCUUUCAAAAAGUGGUCGAGCUUGACAACGAGACCUUCCUGUACUGGGUUGAUGAGCAUAGAAAUGAACUGGAUCUGUUGUUCUUUGACACGCUAUCCAAACAGUGGAAUGCCUUUGUCGCCGCCGAAAACAAAAGAACCGAAGAAAAUGGACGCAUGAGAAUAUCUCGCCGAAGAGAGAAAUUAAAACAGUGGGCUAGGGAGGAGGCCGAGCGUGAGGAACUCAUCCGCCGCCAUGAGGUAGCCUUCGAGAACUGGACGGCAAACAUUUACUCCUCUGAAUACCUCAAGCAUCAGAGAUUGCUCCAGGAUCAACAGGAUGAUCUCAUUUAUACUGAAUCCAGCUUCAACCGUAUGGAAAGGGAUAUCACCAGGCCUGGAGGCCUCUUUCAGGUUGAUAGAGUUCGCAAAUGGAGGCUGGAUCAGACAGAAGGAAGGAAUAGAAUGCGUCUGAGACUGCACGAGGAUUUCUCCAAAACUGACGAGGGAAGGCAACCGAGGAGGAAAGGCUCGGACAUGCCACAGUUGCGCGUGGAUACUAAGAGCACGAAGGUAUCGUCAAUGGAUGCCAUAGGCGUUACGCCAGGCGGUGCUACGCCUGUUGUCAAGAGCCCUAAGCCUCUGGACAAUGGCAGCGAGCCGUUUCCGGAAAUCCCGGAAGGCACAAGUGAACACCAAAGCAAUAGUCGGGAGGGGAAUGGUGCAAGUGGCGAAAGUCUCGACGCAGACGACACUUUUGAAAUGGUCGAGGACCCCAAUGACACCUUGACCGAGUUCGAGGACAAGAACAGAAAAGUGAUGCGCAGUCUCCAUCGGGGUGACCAGGUUAAACACGUUGCCAAUAUUUCUCGGGUUCUGGGCCUUGAAGCUGUGGAGGGACUUCUCAUACUGGGCAAAGACUACAUUUACCUCCUGGACAAUUUCUUCCAACGCGCAGACGGCGAGAUCGUGAAUGUCUGGCAAGCGCCGCAGGAUGAGCGCGACCCAUAUGUGCGCAUGAUCUCAGGGCGCGAUGUCGCCGACCGGAAGCAAGUCUCACGAAACGAUGAACAUGGCACGCGGAGCUGGAAAUGGAUGGACAUCAUCAGCGUUUCAAAACGUCGGUUCCUUUUUCGUGACGUCGCGAUCGAGAUCUUCUUCAGCGACGGGAGGAGUUACCUUCUGACCGUUGUGUCGCCUGAUGUUCGGAAUGAGCUCCACUCUCUCAUCAGCGCAAAAGCUCCGUCCCCUGGCGCCCUGAGCAACACUCAGCCGGAGACCGCCUGGCGUUAUGAGACGUUGACGAGCAUCGAUGACGAACCGCAGAGCCUUGGAUCAAAGUUCGCCAACGUCUUCGGACAACAAUCGAGCUCCCUGGCUGCUACCCGAAAAUGGCAAAAAGGAGAAAUGUCGAACUUUCAUUAUCUGAUGCUGAUUAAUACAAUGUCAGGACGGACAUAUAAUGAUUUGACCCAAUAUCCCGUGUUCCCGUGGGUCAUUGCGGACUACACCAGCGAGGAGCUGGAUUUCACCGAUCCUAGAACUUUCCGCGAUUUGUCCAAGCCUAUGGGCUGCCAGACACCUGAGCGGGAGAGGGAGUUCCGAGAACGGUACCACACAUUUGCAGAGAUGGGAGACGACAACACGCCAGCUUUCCAUUAUGGCACUCAUUAUUCCUCGGCCAUGAUUGUGUCCUCCUACCUAAUUCGCCUACAGCCUUUUGUCAAAUCGUACCUUCUGCUGCAGGGUGGUACCUUUGAUCAUCCGGAUCGCAUGUUCUUCUCGAUUGAAGGGGCUUGGAAGUCAGCAUCCCGUAUGAACAUGACUGAUGUGCGGGAACUCACGCCCGAGUUUUAUUACCUUCCAGAGUUUUUGGUCAAUAUCAACGACUUCGAUUUUGGCACCAGGCAGAAUUCAUCCAAGUCAAUUGGGAACGUAGAGCUCCCUCCUUGGGCCAAAGGCGACCCCCACAUCUUCAUCGCAAAGCAGCGAGAGGCGCUUGAAAGCCCCCAUGUCAGUCGAAAUCUUCAUAAGUGGAUUGACCUUAUUUUCGGAAGCAAACAGAAGGGAGAUGCAGCGGUAGAAGCGGUGAAUGUAUUUCAUCACCUUUCCUAUCAGGGCGCGAAGGAUAUCGACACCAUCACGGAUCCUCUGGAGCGACUAGCCACAAUUGGGGUUAUCCACAAUUUUGGCCAGACUCCAUACCAGGUGUUCACCAAACCACAUCCCGCGCGGGACCAAGUCAGGCAUCGGUAUAAACGUCUUGAUACCGCUGCAGAGUCAUUGACCCGAGUUCCGUCUACUCUGCUGGAUACUGGAGAGAGAGUGGCCUCGUUGAGCUUUUCUUGGAAAGCAGAUAAAUUACUUUGCUCUGGAGCGUUCCGCCUCAACAUUCCUCCUACCUACGAGAUGUACAUGGAGUGGGGGUUCUCUGACAACAGCGUCAGAUUUUAUUCUACGGACAGCGGCAAACAACUUGGACUAUUUGAGCAUUUGCAUAUUGGGCAGCUGUCAUGUGCACUGUUCACCGAUUCAAAGACGCUGGUUACCGCUGGAACAGAUUGUACGGUGGCAGUAUGGUCUGUCAUUGAGGGAGCCAAAUCAGUGGAUCUCCAGCCGCGGGCGACGCUAUUCGGACACCGCAAACCGGUGACCGUGUUAGCAUUAUCGAGGUCGUUCAAUGCCUUGCUUUCCGCCUCGACCGAUGGGCAAGUAAUGCUCUGGGACUUGAACCGUUGCGAAUUCGUUCGCAAGCUCGAUGAAGAGCUGGUGGUGAACUGUGCGGCCAUCAACGAUGUGACAGGCAACAUUGUCCUCUGUCACGGCCACGAAAUCAGCGUCUACACGCUGAAUGGGGACAGGCUAUUGAGAGAGGAGUCGGGCGAUCGUCUGCAGGAGGGCAUCAUUUCAUGUGCCUGCUACGAAGGGGCAGGAAGUGAGUGGCUUGAGCGGGACCUCAUCUUCACGGGACAUAAAAGAGGACAAGUUCGGAUCUGGAACAAAGUCAUCCGGGAUGGUCACUUCGAAUUGGAGCUCAUCCGGCAAUUGAACCAUGCAGAUAACAGUCGGGACGACGGAGCCAAUGUUGGGGCAGGGAUUAGCUGUAUCCUGCCCAUGUCCCAGGUGGUGUAUACCGGGGAUGAAGACGGAAGAGUGUAUGAAUGGAAUUGUGUCCAGAGGCACUAGGCCUUCACCACGCAAAGUCUUCAGGGUGGUCCCCGUGAAACUCAUAAUUUCCAGGCACAGCGAGGCGCAGGUUGGCAGGGUUGCAUUCUUGAAUACCAUGACGAUGACUGGGAAUCAAUCAGUGGCCGGCUCAGACCAGAUGGGUGGUCUUUUCACGUUCUAAAACAGGGUCGUUGGGGAUAGAAACGUUGUCUUCGAACACGGCGGUGGUGGGUGGAACAAAAGAAGUUUUUAAAAGUGAUACUGUCUUUGGACAACCCCAAGAUGACGGGACUCCGCAACAAAGAAAUGAUAAAGCCAAUGUAGACCAGUUCAAGCAAGAUCCUUGUGUGACACUAAUUACCGUAUGCCACUCUUGGAUGGAGGAGGUGUCU